AUGCCGCAGACCCUCGGUCCCCUCGUGCACCUCUGGGGCAUCGACCCCUCGCAGCUCCCCGCGCCAACCGCCUCUGCCGCGGAGCUCACGCCUCUCCUCACGGGCUUGCUGUCCGAGGCGCUGCCCUUUAUCGACGACCUGCCCGCCGACUCCUCCUCCUCCCCUUCUUCUUCUUCUUCUGCCUCCAAGUCGCCGCCCUCCUCGUCCUGGAAGUUCCGCAAAACGCACAGGUACGCCUCGUCCGACGCAACCGUCGACGUCUACGAGAAGAAGCUCUCCGCCGACGUCAUGCGUCGCCUCGCCACCGAGUACCAGUCUCAGCUGCCGCAAGUGCGUCCGCCGAGCGGCGCCGCCGCCGAGACGUGGUUCUUGCGGCGCAGCGUGCACGCCGACGCGGCCGCCCCCAAAACAGCCAGCUGGGACGAGUUUCUCCUCCACUUUAAGCAGCAGCACGCCGCGUCUGAAAAGGCCUUUACCGCGUCGGUCGAGUCGACGACGCCGCGCACGCAGUGGGACUGCGGCGGCGUCGAGAUCCAGCACGCCGGCGCGACGUGGGUCGACUGGACGCUGAAAGUCGAGGAGUCGGUGCACCGGCUGCCUUUCCCGCUGAAGCGGCGCGUGUUCCCCGUGCUGCAGGCGACGGCGGCCGUCGCGGACCGCCGCGAGUUUGUCGUGGUACAGGUGUUUUAUACGGGCGGGCCGGACGCGGCCAACGCGGCUGGCGGCGGUACGGUGACGGGCGCGUAUACGAGCGUCGAGCGCGUCCGGGAGCUAUCGCCGGGGGAGGAGGAGGAGGAGGACGGAACGAAGCGGAUCGAAUGGGUCAUGGGCACGGCGUCGGACGCGCGGGGCGUGCUGCCCGAGUUUGUGCAGGCGCUGGCCACGCCGGACAUGGUGCCCAAGGAUGUCGACUUUUUUCUGUCACCUCGAUCCGUACCGCCCGCCUCAACCUCCCGCGUCACCCGCAGCCACGCCGCCGCCGCCGCCGCAACUGCCUCCUCCUCCUCUUCUCUCAUCGCCGUGCACCGUAGCAGCACCAUCACCGCUGCCAAAUCCACCAGCACCGAUGCCGCGCCGCCCACCUCCACCUCCGCCACCACCACCGCCGGCGCCUCGCGCCUCGCCGCGCAGGCCGACGCCCUCGCCAAGAUGACGCUCGAGAUGAACCUGCGCACCGUCGGCAAGCAGGCCGACCGUCUGGAGCGGGACCUGCGCGUCCUCGUGCAGGCAACGGCCCGCGACGCCGCCUUUCGCGCGCAGCACGAGACCCGUCUGCAGGACCUGUGGAAGGAGAUUCUCGCCGUCAAGGCGCACCUGGCCGCCGCGCGCGACCGCGACGAUACUGCCCGCGGGCUCGCUGACGAGGCAUGCCGGAGCGAGGCGCGGCGCCUGGCCGAGGAGAUGCGCGGCGAGAUGGCGGGUGUCAAGGAAAUGGUCAAAGGUCUGAGGACGACGCUGAGCGAGUUGCCGUCGGCGGAGCAAAUGCAAGCCGCGCUGAGCCAGAGCAGCGUGGACACGCAAGACAGCGAUCCGAAUACUCGGCGAACAACCAACCAGCAGCAGCAGCAGCCGCGAUCAGCGUCGAAGCAGUCGAUACACGCGCGCAUUCAAGAUGCCCUCCGGUCAACUCGUCGCUGGCACCGCGACCACAAGACGACGCGCCUCUCCGACGCCGCCUUUUGCGCCGCCUAUCUCCGGCAGCAGUCCAAGCGCGACGCGCCCAUGGCCGUGUUCCUGCAGCGCGCCCAUUUCGCAAUUCAGAAGCCCAUAUAUACAGAGCACCCAUCUAUACAGGGCAAAAGGACUUAG